AUGAGUUCACUUCUCAAAGAACUUCAAACCUCCAAUCAAAUCAGUGAAACGGAAAGAUUAGGAAAGAUUAAAUACCAUUGUAUUGAGGAGGAAAGCAAAGCCAUCGGUGGCAACGAGAGACAAAUGGUUGUUCCCAGGGCAGCGAGCCAAGAGCGACAGCCAAGCAGGGCCAGAACCCACGAACCCACGAACAAAGAACACGGAUUUCUAUGGGAUGGCGAUGUUAUUGGUUGGGAGUAUGCGUGUAUCCAGCGUGCAAGCAUCCGUUAUAAAGAAUGGGCAAAGACGGUAAAAAACACCCCGGGUACAGAAUACACAUCCCCAUCCCAUGGCUUCGAUCUGUCCAGAGCCACUUCUUGA